AUCAAUUACAAGUUCCUUCUCAGCGUCACCGCUCCAAUUCUUUAAGGGAAGAAUCGCCUGAGGAACAACAAAGGUUUUUCAGUAUGAUCACCCAUGGCCAGCGUGGACGUAUAGAGGACCAGCGCUGUGCCUUGGAUACCAGCAGAGAUCCUGCAUUGUUUUUUAACCUUUUGACCCAAAGUGGACAGCUGGAUGACCAGCAAGUUUCUCAUUCAUCAUUACCAGUAUUGCAGAAUGAAGAUGGUGUCUAUAAUGAAGAUUCAAGCUAUCUGUUUCAUUUGGUCUCAAAAGUGCAGGGCUCCAGAAUGGAGGACCAACGGUGCUUCCUACCUCAGCUUCAAGGACCUGGGGCACAGAUAUCUGCAAACAAUGAAAAAUCUGUGCCUGCUUUGCGUCUAACCCGCUCAGCCUCAUUUGGCACAAACUCUGAUUUAAAUCGAGAAAAGAAUAAAGAAAAACAACGAUCUGCAUUAACUCUUAAUCCACAAGGAACACCCAAUCCCUUACUCAGUCUAAAUACCCAAGAUGCUGAAAAGCUCUACAAUAUGCUGACAAACUUUCAAGGCAGACGACUGGAUGACCAGCGUAUGUUUCUACCCUCAUUACCAGGAAUACAGAACGGAGGCUCGACAUUAACUCCUGUUGACAUGGAUGCAAAAUAUUUAUGUUAUUUGGUUUCAAGAGCCCAGGGUUCAAGGAUGGAUGACCAAAGGUGCUUUCUGCCUAAGCCUCAUGAUCCCAAUGCACAGAUUUCUUCAAACCAGGGAAAUUUGGGGCCUGCUUUACGUCUAGCCCGCUCAGCCUCCUUCAGCACGAAUUACGAUUUAAGUCGAGCAAAGGAUACCGAAAAACAGCAAUGUGCAUUAACUCAAGGAACAUCCAGUCCCUUGCUUAGUCUAAACACCCAAGAUGCUGAAAAGCUCUACAGUUUGCUGACAAACUUUCAAGGCAGACGACUGGAUGACCAACGUAUGUUUCUUCCCUCAUUACCAGGAAUACAGAAUGGAGGCUCAACAUCAACAUUAACUCAAGCUGAAAUGGAUGCAAGACAUUUAUGUUAUUUGGUUUCAAGAGUCCAGGGCUCAAGAAUGGAUGAACAAAGAUGCUGUGCACCCCAAAUCCUGAAAAAUUUAAGCACCCCUUCGACUCAGCGCAAAAAUCUUAUAAUUGAUGCAUCGGAUAAACCUGAACAAAGUUCUCUACCUUUUGGAACACAUAAACAUUGGCAGGAUUUAUCAUCAGCUGAACAGGAUCAGUUUUUUGAGACGAUAAGACAUGCUCAAAGUGCACGAAUGGAAGAGCAGCGGUGCUAUUUACAACCUCAACAAAGCCUGGCUCCCACUCCAGUGCACAAUGGAGGUCCUUUAAACAAUGGGUUACUGGGGUCUCAACUUAUGACAUUUGCGAAUAAUGAGAACCGCGGACAGGGUCCAAGGCAAGAAGUUCAAAAUAGUCCAAUGCAAGGGAUUAGUGGAGAAUCAAAAGCUUUGAAAAAUGCAAAAAACCCUGGUUUCACAGUCUCACCCCCAUAUAUUACUCUGAGUGAAGGAACACCCAUUACAUCAAGACAGUCCUAUGGCAGAAGUGUCUCUCAGCCACAAAUGGCAGAUGCAUAUUCCAGCACUACCAUGGCCCUAUCGAAUUCUGCUUCAGCUAUCCCUGAGGCUGAAACCGAAAUUAAUCAAAACCCCAAAACGCAGAUGACAUUAAAAGUAACACUCAACAUAACACCACAACAGGGAUUUAAGAAUGACCAUCAAAUACCAGAAGUCUUUCUCACACUUGGAGCUCCAGGGGACAAUGUUGUCAUUCCUCUAAGUCCAAUAUUUGGAAGACAGCUAUCCUUGGACUUAAAUCUUGUGCCCAAAAAAGACGCUAAAUCUGAGCAUAACUCUCCAAGAAAAGCAAGUCCCAGGAAAACCGAAAUACGACCAUCGUCCCCCUCCUGGGAUAAAGAUCCUUUAACUACAGGCCUAAAUGAUGUGGAGAAACCUUUAGCCUGCCCUGUUACCCCAGGCAAAAAAGCCCAGAUGGAGGAAGAAAAAUAUAAAGGUGUACAUAAAAAAGGGAAAGAUAAAGUAGAGCAAGGAAAGGGAAAGGGAGCUGGAAGAAAGGAUAAUAAAUAAGUCU